GAGAGCCGUUUUUCCAUGGCUGCUAGACGUGCCUAUUCUUCAGUGGCGGGGCAACCGGAUCGGAAUUCCGUUGGUCUCCCUCCUGGCAGUUCACAAUUCACAUUGAAGUCGUUUGGCUAUCCCGUGGCGUUGAAGCGAAGUACUGUCACGACACCGGGGGCCCCACAUUCUGCAUCUCAGAUUCUGGCUGCCUUGGAUUGGCUCCGUAACGAACUCACCACCUCUAUGUCUAAAAUGGAGGGUAUUCAUUUCGCUGCAGAAAAUGAAGGGGGAUCGGUAGGCAAAUUGAUUUUCGAUCUCUUACUUGACUGUGUUGCUGCGAAUACUGUGGAGCCAUCGACUGAAGCUCGUGAGCGCUUUGAGGCAGCAUGCGCACGCAGUUUGAGUUGUCGACCGGAGGACGUCGCGGAACUAGAAGCGGAGCUGCAGAAGAUGGAGAACCAACCUUCGUCAGCGAGCCUCAUCCAACAGGAGCGCGAUCUCCGCUGUCGUCUUUCUGCUACCGAGUGCGAGUUGGUUGAACAGAGUGACCGUCUGCUGCAACUCCAGUCCCUCCUGCCUGAAGCUGAGGCGAAGGCUAACACGGCAGCAUCGAAUGUGCAGCAAGUUCGAGAUCAGGUCGGUGAAGUGGCCGCUGAGGUGGAAAAGUUGGAGAAUGUUGUUACGUCACAACGAGCUAAGUUCGGGGACAUCGUUACCACUUAUCAGCGUCUAGUGGAGCACUAUCAACAGCGUGUUCAUGUGAAAGAAGAACUGGUUCGGCUAUUGCACGAACACUCUAUCGAACUUGGGCGUCUAGACAAGCCCGUGGCACCAGCCCUUGACGAAUACAACUCUCUUGCUGUCCGUCUGACUGAUCCCUCAUUGCCGCAACUGAAGAUGCGGUCCUAUGUCCAUACCUUUGAUCCAUUGAAAGAAAUUCCUGUUAUUUGCUCCGAACUUGCUGAUGUCGAAGCAAAGCUAAAACUCGCAACGGAGUCCAGCGCAGCUGAAGUCGACCGCAAACGCACUGAACUGGAAAGUUUGGAAUCAAAUCUGAACAAGAAGACAGAAGAGCUGGAAAAACUUGAGCAGAACCUAGUUGAAUCAACGAGACAACUCGAGGAUCUAAAGCGUCAGGCGCUGUCAAAGAAGGAGAUACUUGAUCAGUGGAUCACAGAAACUGAUGUGGCUAUUUCGGAAGCGCGUCAGUCGGCCGAUGCGCGACAACAGUACCUGAAAAGUCUACAGGCUGACGUCCAACAAAAUCAGAAGGAUUAUGAAUACUACCUUGAUUUGAAUCAGAAAAUGGGCGUCUACGCUGAAAACUUUCAGAGGGAAGUGAUGGAAUUCAUGUACCUGUUGAGAGAGCGGCUCCAAGAGAAGGUGGAUAGACGAAAUACGGAGGAGGUGAAGUUUGAAGAGAACAUGGAGGAACUGGAGUCAAAAGUAUCUCAUCUUGCCACCCGCACUGAAAGCCUCAUCAAAGAAGCCAAUCUGCUCGCUGAGAGAGCAUUCGCCUCGCUUCCUCGUUCUUGA